AUGGAAAGUGAACAAAUUAGAGAGAUAUUUGCUAAGAAUUAUGUUUAUCAAAAGCCUCACCACAGCAAUCCAGUGGCCAAUUUGUUGGCUAGAGGCAUAGCAAACUAUGAAGAAGAUAAAUGGGUAAAACAUAGGAAGAUCUUAAAACCAGCUUUCCAUAUGGAGAAGUUGAAGCUUAUGUUGCCAGCUUUUUCCUUAAGCUGUGUUGAGAUGCUAAAAGAAUGGGCACAAAUUGUCCCAGAUGAAGGAUCAAAAGAGUUGGAAAUUUGGCCUCAAUUUCAAAAAUUAACAAGUGAUAUGAUUUCGCGUACAGCAUUUGGUAGUAGCUAUGAAGAAGGAAGAAGAAUAUUUGAACUUCAAAAAGAACAAGCUGAGAUUAUUAUGAAACAGUUCAAUUCCAUUUAUAUCCCAGGAUCAAGAUUUUUGCCCACCAAAAGCAACAAGAAAAUGAAAGAAACUGAAAAAGAAGUUCAAGAAUCAAUAAGGCGUCUCAUUGACAACAGAUUAAAGGCAAAAGAGGCAGGGCAGGAGUUUGGUGAUGACUUAUUAGGUACAUUACUAGAUUUUGUAACGAUGAUUUUGUACGAGUCCUUAAGACUUUAUCCACCACUAGCAACUCGUAUCAGGAGGACUAAUGAAGAAACUAAAUUAGGAAAUUUGUAUCUACCAAAUGGAUCAUUGCUAUUUAUACCAACGAUCUUAUUGCAUCACGACAAGGAAAUAUGGGGCGAAGAUGCAGAGGAGUUCAAGCCAGAGAGAUUCAAGGAAGGUGUUUUAAAGGCGACAAAGGGACAAAUGAUAUUUUUUCCAUUUGGAGCAGGACCACGAAUAUGCAUUGGACAUAACUUCGCGAUGCUAGAAGCUAAAAUGGCUGUAGCUUUGAUUCUACAACGGUUCGUGUUUGAGCUCUCUCCAUCUUAUACACAUGUUCCACAUUGUAUUGUAGCUUUGCAGCCUAAGUUUGGUGCUCCUUUACUUCUGCAGAGGCUCUAG